AUGGAAGUCCCGUUGAAAGCUUCAAGACAAAGCCGGGCACCGACAAGGCCUGCAGGCAACAGCAAGGCGCCAGCAGCCUUCCAGGGUUUCGUAGUGCGGGCCGACAUUGGAUUCGAGCAGUUCGGAUUCGGAGUGGAAGACGUCGAACAUGUCGCGCCACGCGCUUUCUGGCAACAUGACAUGGCGCGAGGCGUCCUGCAGCUGCCGCCACUCCUUCCUCCUAAGGAGGAGAAGGAGUCCAGGAAAGCCAAGCCGCGGAAAAGUCCUCCGAAGGCGAAGGCCGCGCCUGCAGUCCUCCCGCGGCUGGACGCAAGGGAUGCGACCUCCAAGCCCGCCAGGCAAGAUGCAGGCGAGGAUGGGCCGGAGAAGGAGAUUCAGAAAGCUGACCGAGUGGACCGAAAGGCUACGAAGCAGGAGAGACACCGAGCUCCGGAUCAAGAGCCCGGAAAAAGACAGACCUCCUCGAGCCAGGAGAAGACCAGGAAGGCCACCUCCGCAGCCACAAGGUUAGCGCCACCUGUAUUGGGACGUGAGCGGCCGGACAGACAGCAGCCACGCACCAUGUCGGCGCCGGAAGUGCCAGGGGAAGGAGCAGGCUCCAACGCCGCGUCGAGGCAAACCUCUGCACCUGCACCUGCGCUGGAGGAGAAGUUGAAGCGAGCCCGGGCGAAGGCCAAGGCCAAGGCACGUGCCAAAGACGACGCCACUACAAAGGCGGCGAGUGCAGUGUUCUUCUGCUUGUCUUCGCCAGACGGACGAGAGCAACUGGCGUCCGACUGCCGGAUCCUGUCAGAAAUACCUCGACUGGAGAACUCGUCCAGGAAAAAGAAAGCCAUCCUCCUGCUGCAGCGGUCGAUUGUAGCACCAGCGCGCCACUUGGGCGGGAAGAGGAGGAGAAGGAUAACGAUCCUCCUGCGGCACAGGGGAAGGAAAGUUCAGAUCCUCCAGAGGAGAAAGAAAGCUCGAAUCCUCCUACAGAUCCUACAGCACAGGAGAAGGAAAGUGACCCUCCUGCAGCACAGGAGGCGGAAAGUGAUCCUCCUGCUCCUGCAGCACAGGAGAAGGAAAGUGACCCUCCUGCAGCACAGGAGGCGGAAAGUGAUCCUCCUGCUCCUGCAGCACAGGAGAAGGAAAGUGACCCUCCUGCAGCACAGGAGGCGGAAAGUGAUCCUCCUGCUCCUGCAGCACAGGAGAAGGAAAGUGACCCUCCUGCAGCACAGGGUGCAGACGCCUCUUUUUCUGCUUUGCUCGGUUGGCAAUGGGCAAGCACAGGAGGCGGAAAGUGAGACGGAAAGUGAUCCUCCUGCCGCACAGGCCAGCAGCAUGAGUCAUUCACAUCUUGGGUCUGACAUCGUCUUGCAGAGUGCCGUGGAGAAGGCAAGUGAUCCUCCUGGAUCUGCCCUUUCCCAGGCCAGUGCAAUCCCGGCAACAGCCGCGGUUAGCGGCGAUGGUAUUCGGAUAGAAUGGAUUGAGCACUUGCCGGAGUUCGGAGAGAUCGUCGGACUCCAAGGCGCAAGCCGGUGUUCGUAUGUAGGCGGCGUGAAGAUGAUGACAAUUGAAGCUGAUGUGCGAUUGGCGGAGGUGCAAGAUGAUCCGGCGGCAGAGCCUGCCAAGGAGCCGGAAGACGAUGAGCAUCUCCGAUGCAGGAAGGAGCGCAGUAUGCGCAUUCUGCUUUCGGACUGGUACGACUGCGAGGCGGCUCUCCAAGAAGAGUUUGAGCCGGACUUCUCCGAGGAGGAAGAUGACCAAGAGCUGACAGAAAGAUCAGAUGCUGCAGACACGGUUGUGGGCCUUCCACUCUCCCAGAAGUCCGAGGAUGCGGAUCAGAUAGACUCAAAGCGAAGCAUGGCGAUGAGCUUCAAGGACAAAUCCGGAAUCAGCUGCUUGCUUCGCAUGAUGCAGCCUCUGACAAAAGCCGGGGCGCCAGCAGCUGCGAUCAGCAAGUCGGUGCUGACGAUCUUUUCUGGUGGUAGAGAGGGCAAAAGGUAUUGUCGAAGGCAACGAUUCACCAAGGCCAUGGCAAUAAACGCUCGCAAGAACCCACUCGACGUUUGUAGGAGGAUGCAGCCGACGCUGACGCUUCUGAUGCCAACGGCGAGCAGGCUUCCAGCGAUUGCUGCAGAUUCCGCCGAAAAGUCCUAA